GUACAGGGUGUUUUCUGAAUCCCGGCCUGCUGGAGUUUGAAGGCUGCGGCGCUGAUGUCCUCGAAGCGCAGAUGUUCAGGAGCAGCUUUGGCUGCUGUCUUGCUCUCUCCGCUCUUCUUCACGGCCGGUUUGGGUGUGGACAUUAACUGGACCUCCGGCGGUUCGGAAACGCUGGUCUUGAAGACCUUCACGUCUCCAUUGAGGUACUCCUCGGCUCCGAAGUCCUUCAGGCGUUCUGGGCAGAUGAGCGUGGAGCGGCGACCCACUCGACUGUUCCCGAUCCGGCCGUCUUUAGCGCACGGGCCGCUGUGGAAGGAGCAGUCGGGUUUGGAGGAACCUCUGCGCUGCUCCGCACUGUCCCAGGAAAAACAGAGAGAGUCCAGUGAAUCGAGAGCGAGAGACAGUGUGACAGAAGAGACGCUUCCACAGACGCUUCAGAGCUCAAGUCAAAGGUCUGUCAUGGGCCGCUGGUCGACACGUCUGGCUCUUCUGAUGCUCCUCAUUGGUCAGAUUUCUGCAGAGACGAGCAGCAGCUCAAACGCCUGUCAGGAUCAGAACGCUCUUCAUGACCGGAUGGAUGCUGUAGAGAAGGUGACGUCACUGAACCAGCUCAGUAUCAUCAGCGGGUGGAGGACACUCUUCAGAAGCUGGAGGCUGAGCUGGCUCUUCUGCUGGACGCUGUUGAGGCCCCUGAGUGGAGCCCCCUGCUGGACAAACCCCUCAUCGACAUACUGGACGAGCCGCCGGCAACAGACUCAUGAGAACAUAAUGAUCAUCAGAGGGUUAAAUAUGAUCCAGACAUUUCUUCACACGACAAUAACGGGACAGAGCUGAUCAUUUAGUUCUGAUCCUAUAAUGAGUCAAAACAGGGUUUAUUUUUAAGCUUUUCACAUUAAAAUUAAAUGAAUCAUUUAUACCAUUUUACUGAGUGUCAGUGGUUUCUUCUAGCGUUUGUUUAGAACUGAUGAUUUAAGGAACCACUGAUGAUGUUCCCAUAAUCAAUCAUUGUAUGCAUGCGAAUAUACAAAAAUAACACAUAAGAUGUUUACAGUGUACAUUAAUUUUUCUGGGUUCUCUUUACUUCAUUAUAUCCAGUUGCCUGUUCAGACUCCCAGCAAGCAUUGCUCUUAUGUGCUGUUGCUUCUGUUGUUAGUUUUAGUAACUUGUUUUGUUGUGUUCAGAGUUUGUCAUUUUGUUUUAAUGCACUGCAUCUCACUAGUCUCUCUAUGCUAGAAUUACUGUCAUAAAAUCAUUUUUCACAUUAUGAUCUGACUGAUUCAUGUUGUCAUGAAUAUGCGCUGACUUGGAAUGUUAAUAAACUAAAAAAAAAAAAACUAACACCAAUUUUUGA